AUGUCGAAUUUAUCAAAGCUUGAAUUUGUGGUACUUGACAUCUCCGGAAAGAAUUAUUUAUCAUGGGUCCUUGAUGCUGAAAUUCACCUUGCUGCAAAAGCUCUUAAAAAUACUAUUAUACAAGGAAAUGAAACAUCAUGCCAGGAUAAAGCAAAGGCUAUGAUUUUCCUUCGUCAUCAUCUCGAUGGAGGGUUAAAGACCGAAUACUUAACCCUAAAGGAUCCAUUUAAAUUAUGGAGCAGUUUGAAGGAACGAUAUGACCAUCUUAAGGCAACGAUAUUGCCAAGAGCUCGAUAUGAAUUGAUUCACUUACGAUUACACAUUUUUAAAACUGUAAGUGAAUAUAAUUCUGUUGUAUUCAGGAUAACUUCCCAACUUAAAUUAUGUGGGAAAAUUGUGAAUGAUGAGGAUUUACUGGAAAAGACUCUUUCUACUUUUCAUGAAUCAAAUAUGGUAUUGCAGCAACAAUACCGUGAAAAGGGUUUAAAGAAAUAUUCUGAAUUAAUCUCAUGCCUCCUGGUGACUGAGAAACAUAAUACCCUUUUAAUGAAAAAUCAUGAAACUCGGCCCACUGGAUCUGUACCAUUUUUCGAAGUGAAUAUGGCAGCAGCUACUCAAAAGUCUGAAAGAAGACAAAAUUAUUAUCGUGGUCGUGGCCGUGGCCAUAGUCGUGAACGUGGACAAAGAUAUGGAAGGGGAUGA